AUGAGGUCGUUUUUGCUACUUUUUUUCUUUGGCUUUUUAGUCACCUUGAACACUGCAAAAGGGGUUCAUCUUGAACUGCACGGCAAGACUGGAAUCUCUAGGUCCAAGCUUCAGAGAAGGACAAGCAUCAGCGGCCUCGAAAGCACUGUGGAAGAUGACCAGAAUAUCCAGUACAUGACAAACAUCACCUUGAAUGGACAAUUGUUCGGUGUUCUGAUCGAUACCGGCAGGAAAGUUAACUACUCGCAAGCGAUUUCAGAUCUCUUUGUAACAUCUCAGGUUCCUAGUGCUAUUGACGAGCACUACCAGGCUGAAAUUGGCUAUGCCUCUGGAGGUGCUGCUGGGGAAGUCUUCUCAGCCACGAUGGGAUUCGCCGGGUAUCAGAUUGACGCCCAAUAUUUCAUAUUUGCAAACUCGACGGAUGGAUUUACACAAUCCGUCGAUGGCCUCAUCGGCCUUGGGCCAUACACAGGCUCUGUGAUAAGAUUCAUCGGUGGGACAGCGGCUGCAGACCCUCCUCUCGACCGAAUCUUCCGCUCUAACGACACCAUAUCGAACUUCGUCGCUAUUCUUCUCGAUCGCUCUGACGACCCUGACGAACCUUAUCCAGGCGACCUUGCUAUCGGAGAAGUCUUGACUGAAUAUGAAGAUAUUCAGACACAACCUCAACACCCAGUCACGUCGGUCAUGGUGCCCGGGAAUCAGCAUUGGAUGACAUUACUUGACGAGAAUGGGAUCAUCGGUCCAGAUGGCAAACCUAUUACCAUCAAGACUCAAGUCACGGAUACACCUUAUCCUAAUAAUGCGACUGUCGUCUUUGAUACAGGUUUCACGUUCCCCCAAGUUCCUUCUCACGUUGCCGAGGCGCUCUACGGUAAUGUUCCUGGUGCCUCUUUCACGAACAUCGCAGGUUUAGGAGAAAUCUGGGCACUGCCCUGCGACCAAGAACUUAAUGCUACAUUUUUGUUCGCUGGAAUCAAAUUCCCUAUUCACCCGCUUGAUCUCAACUUUAAUAUGGGCGACAACCAGUGUGUUGGAGCUUUCCAACCAUUCUCGUACGAUGAUACGGAGGAUGGCGUGGUGAUGUACGAUAUGGUCCUCGGCAUGGCCUUUUUGCGCAAUGCAUACCUCCUGAUUGAUUUCGGCUCUUUUGUCGACGGGGCACCUCCUGGCACCAAUGCCCCGUACAUACAAUUGUUGCCAAUCACUAAUGCUGUUAAUGCCUCUGCGGAUUUCGCACGAGUGCGCUUGGACAAUGGCUCAAAUGUCGAUGACCUCGCUUCGCUGGCCUCACAUUCUUCCACGACCACCACCACGACCACCACGACCACCACAUCAAACGCCAAGUUGCCACCAUGGGUGAUUGGUAUUAUUUUCGGCGUUGUCAUUUCGGUUUUGUUUCUGGGCAUCUGCGUAUACUAUUGCUGCCGUCGCCGUCGCUUGCAGCGCGUUUCUUCUACGCAAGCUACGUGGGUUCCUUACGCACCCCAGAGCUACCGUCCUCUCUACGAUCCCUCGCCGCAAGGAGCAUAUGAUAUGCAUUUGGCGCCUAACGCGAACCCAGUUCACGUUCCUGAAUACAGAAGUGCUUGGGAUGCACAUUACUGAAUGUACCUGGCCCGAGCGGGCUUGGAGUCUUGUUGUAUUACCCUAUUUUCCUGUGAUACCAUCUUGGUUACUGCUCUAGGCUUCCUCCAUCUGGACUCUACUUAUCACUGCACGGCAUACUCAUAUACGAUGACUGACAAUCGACUGACAAGUCACCUACUUUUAUGAAUUGAUGUUCAUUGUAUUGUUGAAUGCCUCUCAUAAUGGCGGGUAUCCUAAACUUACAUCGAG